UUAAAAAGGCAGGCUUUGAUUCUCAAGCAUCACAACCAAAGCUAAAAACUUCCAUUAUCCCUCCUCUAUAACUUGUACUAUAUAUAUAUAUACAAACACUUGGAAAAAAAAAAUUAGAAAAGGUAUAGGUAGUUUUGUUAAGUAAUUUGGCUAAAUGGGAAGGUCACCUUGUUGUGAGAAGGCACAUACAAAUAAAGGAGCAUGGACUAAAGAAGAAGAUGAAAGACUUAUUGCUUACAUUAGAGCUCAUGGUGAAGGUUGUUGGAGGUCUCUUCCUAAAGCUGCUGGACUUCUCCGAUGCGGCAAAAGUUGUCGUCUCCGAUGGAUUAAUUACUUGAGACCUGAUCUGAAACGUGGUAACUUUACUGAAGAAGAAGAUGAACUCAUUAUCAAACUACAUAGCCUCCUUGGAAACAAGUGGUCGCUUAUAGCAGGAAGAUUACCCGGAAGAACAGAUAACGAGAUAAAAAAUUAUUGGAACACGCAUAUAAGAAGAAAGCUUUUGAGUCGGGGUAUUGAUCCAACGACACAUCGGUCAAUCAACGAGCCUACUACGUCACCAAAAGUGACAACCAUUACUUUUGCUGCUGCUCAUGACAGUACUAAAGAUAUUGAUCAUCAAGAUCAUAUGAUAAAUAUCAAAGCCGAAUUUGUUGAAUCGAGCAAAGAAGAUAAUAAUGAAAUUCAAGAAAAGUCAUCAUGUCUUCCUGACUUAAAUCUUGAGCUCAGAAUUAGUCCUCCACACCAUCAACAAAUGGAUCAUCAUCGUCAUCAACGAUCAAGCUCUUUAUGUUUUACAUGUAGUUUGGGUAUACAAAACAGUAAAGAUUGCAGUUGCAGUGAAACUAAUGGAACUAAUGGAUGCAGUAAUAAUAUUGCAAGUAUGAACAUUAUGGCUGGUUAUGACUUUUUGGGCUUGAAGACUAAUGGUCUUUUGGACUAUAGAACUUUGGAAACUAAGUGAUUGGAUAAGUAUUAUGCAUCAUGAUCUUAAUUUGAUGUGUAUAGAGAAAAAAAAAAGAGUAUAAGAAUGUCAAGAGAGAAUUGUAAAAGAGAGUUGAGAAUAUUAAUCUUCUAGCUAAUUUUUUCUCUUGGUUGUAAACUUUUACAGUAUAAUUACAUUUAGUUCAAAACA